CUAGCCCAAACUAGUCGGUUGCAGCCCUACAAAAGGCCAACGCAGUUCAGUGCCUCUAGGGUUUUCUCAGAGCAACAAAGGGCUACGCUCGGUCGGAUCGUCAUCACCAUGGUGAACGUUCCUAAGACCAAGAAAACAUACUGUAAGAACAAGGAGUGCAAGAAGCACACCUUGCAUAAGGUCACACAGUACAAGAAAGGCAAGGAUAGCCUUGCUGCUCAAGGGAAGCGCCGUUAUGAUCGCAAGCAAUCAGGUUAUGGAGGGCAGACAAAGCCUGUUUUCCACAAAAAGGCCAAGACAACGAAAAAAAUUGUCUUGAGGUUACAAUGCCAGAGUUGCAAACAUGUGUCCCAGCACGCAAUUAAGAGGUGCAAACACUUUGAGAUUGGUGGAGACAAAAAGGGAAAGGGGACUUCUCUCUUCUGAAUGCAUUGCAUUGUAUUGUUCUUAUUUUUAUAUCGAUUUACUUUUUCAAUUAUGUUGGACUUUGAAGACAAAUUUGCAAUAGUCGUUCUGUUCCUUCGAAUGUUGGUUUAGGAAAAACAUCAAAGUGAUUUUGAAACACUAUUUAUGGCGUCAGUUCUCUAAUAUCGAUCCUUGCAGUUGUGAUUUA